AUGCAAAAUCAAAACCAAUAUCAAUUCACUGAGAACUCAAUUCAAGACUAAGAUUAAGAUUUUUGUACUCCUCCCCCGCCAAACUACAGCUAAGAUUAGGCUGCAGAUUCAGAUUUGUUAUUAACCACAUAAAUAAACAGCGACUAGUCUGUUUCAAAUUAAUCUAUGAACCAAAAUUAGCAUAACCUAGACUAAUAAGUUGAGGAGGAUGACCCAUUCCUAAAGUAACUAGAUGAAGAGACAAAAUACAUCUAUGAUUAUAUCAAGCAAAACAAAUAGAAAUAAAUAGAUGAGUAGAAUAUAGACACUACUACUACAGUUUAGAAUUAAGAAGAACUGUACCUGAUGAAUGCUGAGUAUUACCUGUAGAAUAAGUAUAUCAUCAAGGUAUCCUUUCUAGAGGACAUAGAGGAAUUUAUGAUAAGUGGCGAUAAACUCAUUUUUAUCGAGAAUUAUGGCGUUGUGUCUCCCAAAGUAAUUAGAGAUUUCAGAGUGUUAUUCAAUAACGAUAUGAAUAAACUAGUUCGCAACUGUCUCAAAGGUCAAGUGACAAUAGAAAGAGCAGAUGAUGAAGAGCCUAUAACGUACAUUGACUUCUCAGAAAUACAUGAGUACUACAAGUAGAAUUCAAUAUAGUUUAAUGAUAUAUAGUCUCUAAAGUACAUUUAGAUGAGGAAUAAUUAGUCUGAGUUCUAGGUAAAGCAUUUAAUACCUAAUCUACAGUUAUCUGUCAUUGUUAACCACGAUGAUGAGGACUAUCAAAAGAGAGUAGCUGCCAAACUUUAUCAAACUUAGAUGACUAGGUUAAUGCGUAAUGAUGAUGUGAUGAAUAGAGUAUAUGAGGAUGUAAUCGAUUUCAAUAUGGUUAACUAUGAUAAACCUAUUCAUAGAUAUUAUGUAAUUUCUGAAAAGCACGAGCGAACUCUUCAUGAUUAAAAUGAAGAACUAAAGUCUAAUAAAUACUAUAAAAGCUUGCAAUACAUCUUUGAGAGCCAAAUGCUUAAUUGUCUCUAUAUUACUAAGAUAUAUGAGUAUCUCUUGAGGAAAAGGAUCUUUAUAGUCGAUAAUUAACUUGAUGAUAAGAUAUUUUAGAUUUAAAGUCAUACAGGGAAACUUAGAAUCAGUUUGGAAAGCAUAGAUCCAGAUAAAUUUAUGAUUGCAAAAAAUUAAAAUAUCGUAUAAAAGUAAGAGGCACUGUUUAUGAAUUAGAUUAUAUGGUACUUGGAAAAAAUAUAGAUAUUCUGUGGAAAUUCAAAUUAGAUUGCUGAAGAUAAAAUUCUUCAAGUAUUAGAAGAGCUUAGAAAUAAAGCUGCUAUGCCAGCAAGUGAGUUAUGCUAGUUCUUUGCUAAGUUACUAGUGGGUAGAUCUACAGAAGUAAUAGAUUUCUGUGAUUAUUUGAUAUAAAAUGGGGAAGAAACAAAGUUAUAUUAGGUACUGCUUUGUACUAAGUUUAGAAAUCACAUCACUGCUAUUUACAAUAGAGCUGAGGAUAUGUUCGAAGACUUUGAUAAUUAAUCCUCACCUUAUAUCUUUUAAUAGCAUUUUCCAUCCUAACUAACUGAUAUAUUUGAUGACUAAUUACUCUGCAUAUACCCAAGAGUUUAUGUUACUCCGUAAAAUGUAAUUGAUCUUAAUCAGUCAAUUGAGCUUAACGAACAAGACUAGAGACUUUUUAAGAAAAUUAUUAUUAUGCUUAUCAAAUACCCACCUCUUAGAUAUCUCAAGCAUUAUUUCAGGGAAUAUGCCUUCACCAUGACUAAGCAUUUGUUUGAGUUAAAAAAUUUCAGAGAAAUUACCCAAAGUUUCACAACUAUUUAAGGUCUGAGUCAAGACUAGUUAAUAGACUUAAGAAUGGAUGUUGAGUUUUAAGUACUUGGUUUAUACAAGAUAAAAAUGAGUAACAAAGAUAAGGCCUAAGUGGAAGUAAUGGAGGAUAUCAUUAGUAUAUUAAAACUUAAAAUUGAUAAAAACAGAUUAAGCAUUCAAUACUACUAUUAUUUGAUGAGAGACUUGUGGAAAGAGAAUAGAAUCAAGCAAGCGCAAAAUGCCUUCAAUCUUCUAGAAUCUUAUAAGAAUGAGGAUCUCUCUUAUCAAGAUGCAUUAUACAUAUUAAAGGCUAAAUGUUUGCUAAGUGAACAUAUGUAUUAUCAGUAUAAAAACUACAUUGAAAACCCCUUAUGCCAAUACAACUUCCAUAACUUGCACUUAAGUAUUGAAGAAUACGUUUCAAGGCACGAAUGCCUUCAUCAUAACCCAUAAGUUUUACAAAGAAUAAAUUACCUUAGAGCACUUCAGUACAUAUUUGAGAAGGGAGAAUUAGGAAACAAGUUAGAGCAUAUUUAAUAAAUAGAGCUGGAGGAUAAAUUAUCAAAGUCAGACAUAAGGUCUUAAAUAUUAGUUGGGUAUAUCAAAAAUUUAAACAUAGAGGGCAUUAAAAGUAUUAUCCAUGCCAAAUAAUUACUUUAAUCUAUUAGUACAGAUAAAGUAGAUUAAAAGAGAAGAUUGCUAGCAUAUCUAGCUUAUAUAGAUCUAUAAAAUGAAUACAGUGAUAGUGACACUGAAAUCCUAGAGGAUAUGGAAGAUGAAUUUAAAGAGUAUUCAAUUAUCCUGAGAUCAUACAUAGGUUUUGAGAUUCCAGAAGAUGUGUAGGAAGUUGUUGAUAAAUUAAUACUUGAAGAGAAAUCAAUACAAACUGUGAUCAGAGUUUUCUUGUAGGCUGACGUAUUAAGAUAUAGAAAUUUCUAUUACAAGGCUUUGAAAAAGGCUCUUGGAGUAAAAGUGGAAUAGGAUUAAGAUAUCAAAUAAGAAGAUGAUGAAGAUGAAGAUGAUUUCGGGAAUACGUUUGAGUCGAGAUUAGAUGUUCUCAACAAAUUACUUUUGAUUAGAAUUCAGAAUUUAAGAUAAAAAGGCAAAAUGUAAUGA